AUGUUGGCCAAUGCUCGCUCUCUAUAUCGGCUGGCUGCUGAUCCGAACUUUGAACGGCGAUUCGCAGCUAAUCUUCAACUGCAACAGGAUUUCCGUUGGCGGCCAUGCUAUGCAGUUUUGAAAGCUAAUCUUCUCUUCGCGUUCAACAAACAAGAUGAUCCGGAACCACCAUUUCUUCUUCUUAUAAUUGAGGAUUGUUUUAUUGAACUCUGUGAUGAAAACAAGCUCGGAAAAGACUUCACUUUUGAAAUUAAGUACAAAACAACUGGUCGAAGUUUUAUUUUUGCUGCCGAAGAUUUCAAAGCAUUGGAACGUUGGGUAUCAUUGUUAACGAUUACACCAAUCGAUUAUAUGCUGCUUUCGAAGCAGUCGUUCGCCGAACAAAUUGAGCGUAUAGAAGCCUCCGAAACAUCAACUCAUUACCGAGUUGAUGUGGAAGUGGAUAUCAUCGAUGAAGCCCUUAUGUAUUUCAAACCUAAUAUUUUCUUUCGUGAAUUCGAGAUCAAAGGACCUUCUGAUAGAACUUUGAUAUAUCUCACAUUGUACAUCACAGAGUGUCUUCGAAAGUUGCAACGGAGUCCGAACAAAAUUUCUGGUCAGAAGGACCUGGCAGCUCUAGCUUUGAGCCAUCAAUUGCCUAUACCUGGCGAAGCCGACUUUCCCUUGAAUAACAUGUACAAGGCACCUGCAAACAAGCAGGAAGAAGAAACAAUGCGCGCAUAUCUGCAACAACUACGGCAAGAAUUGGGCGUAAGGCUAUGCGAGCUAGCAUUCCCUGAUCCUUCAGCGAAACCGAGCAAGGUCAUUACUUUUCAAUUUUUUUGA